ACAAACGUUGGAGGUGACAUGGCGUGGAAAUUUGUUAUUCCUUUAUUUUUAGCCACGUGCAUACCAUAUUGUGAAAGUACAUACAGAUCUAGAUAUCGGACGUCUUACUACAGUCUUAGUGAUGAUGCGGGAUUCAUCGCUGGAAUAGUGGUCAUGUUCGUUGUGAUGCUGUCUAUUCCUAUAACAAUCAUAAUAUGUGUCAAAUGUGGAUUGUGUAAACCCAGGGGUACAGUGGGAGCCGGCGGAGUUCUACAAUCGAACACUUUGCAGACAACAGUGGUGCCACCUCCCGGACAGCAGUAUGGUCAGCCUGGCGUAUCAGGAUUCGGACAGACGCAGUACGGAGGACCACCACCAUCAUACGGUCAAACAAUGCAGUACGGACAACAAAACGGUUUCGGACAGCCAGUUGGAGAUCAAUUUUCCUAUGGUGGUCAAAAAUACUGAAAUCAUAUAAGAUACAUUACUUGUACAUUUGUAAUUUAGUAUCCACGUUUGUCAAGAUAUUUCAUUUUUCAAUGUUCAAUUGUUCUAUAUAUAUAAUCAAUAUCAUGC